GUUUAUUGAGCAGACGCUUGAUGCUUUCCAAUUCCAUUUGUGAAUCGAACAAAAAGAAGUAUGGUUGAUAACAGACGUGCAGGAACUCAAUCUGCUCUGGAAGGCUGUUUCUCGUCCACCGGCGACCUCCGCCCCGCCUUCCCCGGUGGGAUGAGGCUCGAGGCCGUCAUGGAGACCCUGCAGCGCCAACAGGCAGCGCGGCUGGCCCUGGACGACAACGAGAGAACCCUCUGCGCAAUGGCGCAGUCCCAGAAACGCCGACGGGGUCUGGCGCGCCGUCAUUACCGGGAGGCGGUCGGGGUUGCCGGCGGCCCCUCUCCCGCGGUGACUCACGGGCACGCGCGAGCCGGCGACGGUAACAGGAGCGACGACGCGGAUGAGCGCGAGGCGCUCGACGAAGAUGAGCGAGACUGCUCGAACCGCGACGAGGAGCCUUUUCCCCGAGAAAUAGACACCCGCGUCCCCGCGCCGCCGCCGCCGCAGCCGCACCACGAGUGGACCUACGAGGAGCAGUUCAAGCAGUUGUAUGAACUGGAUGACGAUGGAAAGCGCAAAGAAUUCCUGGAUGACCUCUUCAGUUUCAUGCAGAAACGUGGUACCCCAGUGAAUCGGAUUCCCAUCAUGGCAAAGCAGGUGUUGGAUCUUUACAUGCUCUACAAGCUCGUCACUGAAAAAGGUGGCUUAGUGGAAGUCAUCAAUAAGAAAAUAUGGCGUGAGAUCACCAAGGGCCUUAACCUUCCUACCUCCAUUACCAGUGCAGCUUUUACUCUCCGAACACAGUACAUGAAGUACCUUUACCCAUAUGAAUGUGAAAAGCGGGGACUGAGCUCCCCUGGUGAGCUUCAGGCAGCUAUCGACAGCAAUCGGCGGGAAGGCCGUCGGCAGAGCUACGGCUCUCCCAUUUUCAACUACUCUCCUGUGGGCACCCCCAUACUGCUGUCUUCACCGAGGAUACAACUUUCCCACUUACCAAUGACCACUAACUCGCAGAUGCCUGUGUUCGAGAAAGAGGAUUCCAUGGUGGCCAGAAGUCUGUCCGCACAAGUUGUUCUCCCUCUGUCUCCCAGUGGCCAUCACGUUGCAUCUGUGACUACCCAGGCAGCGACUCAAGCUGCAGCUGCUAUCCAGGCUGCGACUCUGGAGCAGCUCAGAGAUAAGCUGGAAAUCAGCGAACCCCCAGAGAAGAAGAAGAUGAUGGUAGCAGAGGAGCGGCAAAGGCUCAUGCAGCAAGCACUGCAACAUAAUAUGCUUGCCAUGGCCACCCAGCUACCCCUAAGCAUCAAACUCAACAACAGAGAUGAUAGACAAGAGACCGCAUUGAACCUGUCUACCAACGGCAUUAACAGCAUCAACAUGUCAAUAGAAAUAAAUGGAGUUGUCUACACAGGGGUCCUAUUUGCUCGGCAGUCAUGCAUACCAGGAAUGAUGGGACAUCGAGGGGGAGACAGCCAAUGUACAACUCAGGGAAAGCCCAGUCCUAUGCAGUUCCAGGCAUCUUGCGCUUCCUCCUCUUCAUCAUCAUCUUCUUCCUCAGCUCACGGGCACAGGAACUCUGUGUCUUCCCCCUGAAUGUCCCUUCGCUCCUCUUCGACUCCUCCCCAUUCUUCAGAUUGCUGAUUUACAAGCGCAACAAAAUCAGUCUGUCAGAAUUAAGAAAAUCAGUUCAAUCAGUUAUUUCUGAAGGUUGGAUUUUUUUGCACUGCAGGCAAAUCUUUCAGUUCUACUGUUCAUGCGUCAUUUGCUAGUGAUCAGAGUUGUGUCGACAAUCAGCACUCCUUACAGACCUAUCUGAUUAGGUUGCUAUAGUAACAACAUAGGUGUCAGUAUGCACGUCGUUUCCAAAUAUAAACCAAAAGUAAAAAAAAUACCAAUGGCUCUAACGCAAAAUGAUGACAAUGGAGGCUAAACUCGUUUUUGCUUUUUUGGGGGGAACGUUGCGACUUUUGCCGCUUGCCAUUCCUCAUGCACACACUGUCUCUGCUUAGCUCUCACUAAAAAAAGUAUUUGCCCUCUUCUCAUAUUCUUAUUUUCUUGCAUAGUUUCCCCAUUAAUGUUGAGGAUAAUCAAACAAAUAUAAAUAUUAGACAACGAUAACCCAAGUAGCUAAAUUUUGGUUUUAAAUGAUUUUAUUUAGUAAGGGGGAAAAAAAAUAUUCCCCAAAGCUAC